GCGCUCCGACGUGCCCUGGCACUUAGCCUCGCGCGGAGCCAGCCUGCGGGGACGGCCGACCGCGGCCGCCGCCGUGUGAGCGCCUUGCGGUCGCUUCGCAGCCGCCUGCUAGGGGAGGAGGGCGCAGCCCCGCGAGGCCGCGGGCCCUCGGUUUAAGUGAAAUACUGGGUGUUUGUUUCUCCUUCUAAGCUAUAUUAAUCCAAAAGCCAUAAAACCAUAAUGUGGCAUACCAUCCUUUCUGAGAGGUGAAUGUUACUGAAUAAAAAUGGCUGACAGAAGUGGGAAGAUUGUUCCAGGACAAGUGUAUAUUGAAGUGGAAUAUGAUUAUGAAUAUGAAGCAAAGGACAGAAAGAUUGUGAUAAAACAAGGGGAACGAUACAUCUUGGUGAAGAAGACCAAUGAUGACUGGUGGCAAGUAAAACCAGAUGAGAAUUCCAAAGCAUUUUAUGUGCCAGCCCAGUAUGUGAAGGAGGUCACCCGCAAAGCUCUAAUGCCACCUGUUAAACAGGCAGUGGGACUGCCAAAUAAUUCCAUGAAAAUGAUACAGAGUCUGCAUCUUCAGAGAUCAACAGAAAAUGUGAACAAAUUGCCUGAGCUUUCAAGUUUUGGAAAGCCAUCCUCGUCUGUUCACGGAACAGGUCUCAUUCGUGAUGCCAAUCAGAAUUUUGGGCCCAAUUAUAAUCCAGGUCAGACUCUCAACCUGAGCCUGGACCUGACCCAUAAUAAUGGAAAGUUUAACAGUGACUCACAUUCUCCUAAGGCUUCCGGCCAGAAUAGGACACGCUUAUUUGGUCACUUUCCUGGUCCGGAGUUCUUGGACGUAGAGAAAAGUAGCUUCUCCCAGGAACAGUCUUGUGAUUCAGCAGGAGAAGGCUCAGAAAGGAUACUUCAAGAUUCUGAAUCAGGUGAUGAACUGAGCAGCAGCUCCACUGAGCAGAUAAGGGCAACAACACCUCCAAAUCAAGGACGGCCAGAUUCUCCUGUCUACGCUAAUCUGCAAGAGCUGAAAAUAUCCCAGUCUGCUCUCCCCCCGCUUCCUGGGAGCCCAGCAAUUCAGAUUAAUGGAGAAUGGGAAACUCAUAAAGAUAGUUCUGGGCGUUGUUAUUACUAUAACAGAGGAACACAGGAAAGAACUUGGAAACCACCUCGUUGGACUCGGGAUACAAACAUAAGCAAAGGAGAUUCCCAGAGUCCAGGAGAUCAAGAGCUUCUUUCAUCAGAAGAAAACUACCACAGCAUUUGUUACAGCCAGUCAGAUAGUCAGUGUGGUUCUCCUCCAAAGGGUUGGUCAGAAGAGUUGGAUGAACGUGGGCAUACCUUAUAUACCAGUGACUAUACUAAUGAAAAGUGGCUCAAGCAUGUUGAUGAUCAAGGUAGACAGUAUUACUACAGUGCAGAUGGAUCUCGGUCGGAAUGGGAAUUGCCAAAGUAUAAUGCUUCAUCCCAGCAGCAAAGAGAAAUAAUUAAAAGUAGGAGCCUGGACAGGCGGCUGCAAGAACCCAUAGUAUUAACAAAGUGGAGACAUAGCACCAUUGUGUUGGACGCUAAUGACAAGUUGCCAAGUAAUUCCUGUGACUAUUUCAUGCCUAAUCCUGGAUAUUCAUACCUGCUACACCAAGAGCAAGAAUCUCCAACUGCCUCAAAACCCUGCUUUCCUGAAUAUGAGUCUUCUCCCUCUUCACCAAAGCACCAGGAUACAGGUCAAGAGAAAUAUGGAUUAUUAAAUGUAACAAAAAUUACUGAAAAUGGGAAAAAGGUUCGGAAAAAUUGGUUGUCUUCUUGGGCCGUGCUGCAGGGUUCAUCUUUACUCUUUACCAAAACUCAAGGAAGUAGCUCAAGUUGGUUUGGGAGUAAUCAGUCUAAACCCGAGUUCACCGUGGACCUGAAGGGGGCGACGAUUGAGAUGGCUGCAAAGGAUAAAUCCAGCAAAAAGAAUGUAUUUGAGCUGAAAACCCGUCAAGGAACAGAACUGCUAAUUCAGUCUGAUAAUGACACUGUUAUUAAUGAUUGGUUUAAAGUUCUUAGUAGUACUAUCAAUAAUCAGACAGUAGAAACUGAUGAAACAAUUGAAGAGGAGACACCAGAUUCACCAGGAAUAGAAAAGCAUGAUAAAGAAAAGGACCAGAAGGAUCCCAAGAAACUUCGUUCCAUGAAAGUGUCUAGCAUAGAUUCUUCAGAACAGAAAAAAACCAAGAAAAACUUAAAGAAGUUUCUUAUACGACGCCCCACUUUGCAAGCUGUUCGUGAAAAAGGUUAUAUUAAAGAUCAGGUAUUUGGAUCUAAUCUUGCUAAUCUGUGUCAGAGAGAGAAUGGCACAGUGCCAAAAUUUGUGAAGUUAUGCAUUGAACAUGUUGAAGAAUAUGGUUUGGAUGUUGAUGGCAUAUACAGAGUAAGUGGCAACCUUGCAGUGAUCCAGAAACUGAGAUUUGCAGUCAAUCAUGAUGAGAAAUUGGACUUGAAUGAUAGUAAAUGGGAAGAUAUUCAUGUCAUCACUGGAGCGCUCAAAAUGUUUUUUCGAGAAUUACCUGAACCCCUUUUUACAUUUAAUCAUUUUAAUGAUUUUGUGAAUGCAAUUAAACAAGAACCAAGACAGCGAGUCACUGCUGUUAAGGACCUAAUUAAACAGUUGCCAAAGCCAAAUCAAGAUACAAUGCAGAUUCUCUUUAGACAUCUCAAAAGGGUUGUAGAAAAUGGAGAAAAAAACCGCAUGACAUAUCAGAGUAUAGCAAUUGUUUUUGGUCCCACUCUGUUAAAGCCAGAGAAAGAGACUGGUAAUAUAGCAGUUCAUACUGUCUACCAAAAUCAGAUUGUAGAAUUAAUUCUUCUGGAAAUAAGUUCUAUCUUCGGACGUUGAUUCUUAUUGAAGACAACCCUUGGAAUAGAAGCUGGAUUCCAUCAGAUUUCAAAUCCUUACACAUGAUGUAUUUUAUUUUUGGACCAAGCAGUGACUCUUUGAUUUUGCACUUUUUUGAGGGAUCAGAAGGGAAUGGGAGAGUCAAGACAUAUGUGGGGCCCUCAUAUUUGCUGCUUUGUUGCAAGUUGAUAUAACUGUGUGUAAUUUUGAAUUAAUUUUAUUCCAAAUGUUUGCAUUUCAUCCUCUGAAUUUCAGUAAAAAUCAAAACUUGCAAUUCUGACCAGUCAUAUACACUGGAUAAUUUGAUAGGAAAACUACAUUUUUUUUUCCUCAAACUGGAUAAUGUAGAAUUUCUUCUCAUGAUUUGUUAGGUUCAUCACUUGAUAGAACAGCACUAUCAGUUAUUUUGAAAACGCUCUUGGGCAUUUUAAACGAAAUGAAGUAUAUCUGUUUUGAAACCUGUGUAUUUGUUUUUCAGGGUUUCUGCAUGCAGUGGCAGUCUAAGUGCUCAAAUUCUUAAUAACUAGGUGUAAUCCCUUGAUGAAGGCUAGCUGCCUCUCACUGUGUUGCACAGCAUCCUUAUUGGAUAUUUAGUUGCUUGUUUGGGCAACACACUAAUACUACUUAAAACACUGUGAUAUACUGGAGUUUAAUUUAGCAUAAGUCAGUGCAGGGUAUUUUUGGGCUGUCUGUGCUACACUGAUUUGUAGCUAACAAUCCUAAUUAUAUCUAGUGCCAUACUGAGUUCUUGGUAUGACCCUGUGGAAACAGAUGUUAUUUGAUGUAAAUAUAGGCUAAAGACUUAAUGCCCUUUAGCUUAUGUAUAUAAUUGUGUUGUAUAGUCUCAGAGGAUGUUCUGACCCUACAUUUCUAAUCAUGGUAUUGGUAAUCUUUUCCGUGAAUAUUAGGUUUCCUCCAGAAAUAGGCCGUUAUUUGAGAAAGUUAACUGUGCACUUUUAGAUUUUAAUUACAUUUACAGGCAAAUCACUGUAAUGCAAAUGGUACUGGAAAAAUACUGAAUAGACUUGCUAACUGGUAAAUGCACUACAAGAGGAACCUUUUAGAUUAUUUAAUAUGUACAGAAUACAUUAGAAAAAAUUUAUUACAGAAUUCUAACUGCAGUAUGACUAGUUGAAACUCACAUGUAAAUUAGAUAGAUGUCAGAUGGAAAAUGACAUUACUAAAUUCGAGAAUUUCAUUUUUACAUUACUAAUGUAGAUUGAUUUGUAUAAUAAAACAGGGUUUGGAAAGUUUUGUUACAGAGAGCAUGGUCUGUUGAAGAUUUUUUAAAAUGUAUUUUUCUAGGUUAACUGCUGUAUAUGAAAUGUCUAAUCUGAAUAAAGAAAACUAUAAGAGGUUUAGAGAUUUUUCCAUUGGAAAUAUACAUUUUGGUUUUUAAUUUCUCUGUGCUUUUGCAUUUACUGGCGUACUCUUAUACCUCAUUUAAAAAAAUCAAUCCAAUAUUUCCUGUGGCAAAUACAUUUUCCUCAUUUCACACCAAUACACCUCCACCCCCACCCUACCCAUUCUUCAUCAAUAUUUGAAAGUAAAUGAUUUGUAAGCAAGACUUUUUCUUAGAAUUGCAUUUAUAAUUUACGGAUUGCCUUCCUUGGGAACAAAUAUUUUUUGUGUGAGCUGUCUAAAAACCUCUCACUUGAGUUUUGUGGUAAAAAUAUUGUUUGUCGUUGUGAUCUUGUUAAGUUGAUAGCAAACCAGGCUACUUGAUAGCAGUGGCAAAGCAGAUUGUUUUGGACAGGGGAUAAAAGCCCUGAAACGAGAGGUGAUAUUUGCCUAAAGAUGUCCUUAACAAUGCAAUAUGCUUUAGGACUGGCCUAUAUGAUGAUUGUAUGCCAGGAAAACAAUUAGACUCAAAUCAAUGAUCUCUCUUGUGGUAGUUAUGGACAUAUCAAAGAUUAAAAUUGUCCUGUGUUUCUUGUUUGAAAGAACAUAUGUGUGUAUGUGAAAUCUUAAAUGUUUUAUUAGUCUACAGCUAAUCAGUUUAUUGUAAUAUUGUAUGUAUAGUGAGAUCAAUGUCUUGUUUUCAUCCUUUGUGAAUUAAAAAUUUUCACUUGUUUUUUGUAAUAACAAAA